GUCGACGUCUGCACAAAGUAUUGGGAUCCUUCGCCCUCGGGCUAUUCAUCCGCCAUCCCGUCCAGAACUUCGCACUCUUUCCUUUGUACUCUACUCAUACGAUCUCUCCUAAUUUGCCUCCGGUUCACGCAUUGUACUUUACACCAUCCUUCAACCUUUCGAUAGAGAUAUGAACUACAUCCAGUUAGAGAAACUUGGCGAGGGAACAUACGCCACGGUUUUCAAGGGGCGUUCGCGGACCACCAAUGAAAUCGUCGCGCUUAAAGAAAUACACCUCGAUGCAGAGGAGGGCACGCCUUCUACUGCGAUCCGUGAAAUUUCCCUUAUGAAAGAACUCAAACACGUCAACAUAGUCCGGCUUUACGAUGUCAUUCACACAGAAACAAAGUUGGUGCUUAUCUUCGAGUACGGCGAUCAAGAUCUCAAGAAGUACAUGGAUCAACAUGGCGAGCGCGGGGCACUCGAUCCCAUGACAGUCCGGAGUUUCAUGUAUCAGCUCCUCAAAGGAACCUCGUACUGUCAUGAAAACCGAGUCCUUCACCGCGAUCUGAAACCUCAAAACCUGUUGAUCAACCGCAAGGGUGAACUCAAGAUCGGGGACUUUGGUCUUGCCAGAGCUUUUGGUGUCCCGGUCAACACCUUCUCCAACGAGGUCGUGACUUUGUGGUAUCGUGCACCUGAUGUCCUUCUUGGCUCACGAACCUACAACACCUCCAUUGACGUUUGGUCUUGUGGUUGUAUAUUUGCUGAGAUGAUAUCGGGCGUCCCUCUGUUCCGCGGUCGUGACAACCAAGACCAGCUACUGCAUAUUAUGCGAAUCCUUGGUACGCCUGACGACAGAGUGCUGCGUAAGAUUGCCACGGAUUCCCCUGAAAUCACAUUGAAGCAGUAUCCUCGUUACCCGAAGAUACCGUUCCAACAAAUCCUCCCGAAGGCUUCUCCUCAAGCCUUAGACUUGUUGGAGCGACUUCUCCAGUUUGACCCUGCUAAACGUGUCACUGCGACCGAUGCUCUGAACCAUCCAUACUUUACGUCAGCCCUGGGCAACACGUAUGGGAUGACCCCGUCACCCGGCUCGAUGCCUCCGCCAGGUUACAACUACCCUCACCCCCACGCUCAGCAACCUCAACAACAGCAACAGCAGCAACAACAAGCACCGAAACCACCGACUCAAUCUGGUGCACAGCCUGGCUACGCUCACCCCCAACAGCCCAUGUACUCGCAGCAGGAAGCGGCUCGAAUGCAGCAGGCGCAGGCGCAGGCGCAAGCUCAGGCUCAAGCUAUGGCGCAGGCUCAGGCUCAAGCUCAGGCUCAGGCUCAGGCACAAGGACACAUGCAACCUGUUCCAAACGUGCCGUACGGAGCAGGUGGAUACCCUACUCAAUACCAGCCGCACGGACGCUAGGACGUUCUAGGACGCUGUGACUCUUUUGCCUGAACCCCCUUGGCCUUGUGUAAUUAGUUCUGAUUGUCUUGUUGUCUGUAUUCCAUUCAGAUCAGUCUGUAUAGUCGAUGUGUCUCAACUCUUGGUUUCGGUCCCAAACAAUUAUCGAGGCUUGUG